AUGAAGAGGAGUGGGAGUGGGAGCUCCAAACGCGAAUGGAAGCCUCUGGAGGACCGUAGCUGCACAGACAUCCCGUGGCUGCUGCUCUUCCUGCUCUUCUGCGUUGGGAUGGGAUUUAUUUGUGGCUUUUCAGUAGCUACAGGUGCAGCGGCGAGACUAGUGUCAGGAUACGACAGCUAUGGAAAUAUCUGUGGGCAGAAAAAUGCAAAGUUGGAAGCAAUACCAAACAGUGGCAUGGACCACACCCACCGGAAGUAUGUAUUCUUUUUGGAUCCAUGCAAUCUGGACUUGAUAAACCGGAAGAUCAAGUCUGUAGCACUGUGUGUAGCAGCAUGUCCAAGACAAGAACUGAAAACCCUGAGUGACAUUUACAAGUUUGCAGAGAUCAAUGGCUCAGCACUGUGUAGUUACAGCCUAAAGCCUUCUGAAUACACUACAUCUCCAAAAGCUUCUUUCCUCUGCCCCAAACUACCGGUUCCAGCGAGUGCACCUAUUCCAUUCUUCCAUCGCUGUGCUCCUGUGAACAUUUCCUGCUAUGCCAAGUUUGCAGAGGCCCUGAUCACCUUUGUCAGUGACAAUAGUGUCUUACACAGGCUGAUUAGUGGAGUAAUGACCAGCAAAGAAAUUAUAUUGGGACUUUGCUUGUUAUCACUAGUUCUGUCCAUGAUUUUGAUGGUGAUAAUCAGGUACAUAUCAAGAGUACUUGUCUGGAUCUUAACAAUUCUGCUCAUACUGGGCUCACUUGGUGGCACAGGUGUGCUAUGGUGGUUGUAUGCAAAACAAAGAAAAUCUCCCAAAGAAAGCGUGAUUCCUGAACAGCUUCAGAUAGCUGAAGACAAUCUCCGGGCCCUGCUCAUCUACGCCAUUGCAGCUACAGUGUUCACGGUUGUCUUGUUCCUGAUAAUGCUGGUUAUGCGCAAACGUGUGGCCCUCACCAUCGCCUUGUUCCACGUGGCUGGCAAGGUUUUCAUUCACUUGCCACUGCUGGUCUUCCAACCCUUCUGGACUUUCUUUGCUCUUGUCCUGUUUUGGGUAUACUGGAUCAUGACACUUCUUUUUCUUGGCACUACCGGCAGUCCUGUUCAGAAUGAGCAAGGCUUUGUGGAGUUCAAAAUUUCUGGGCCUCUGCAGUACAUGUGGUGGUACCAUGUUGUGGGCCUGAUCUGGAUUAGUGAAUUCAUUCUAGCUUGUCAGCAGAUGACUGUGGCCGGAGCCGUGGUGACGUACUAUUUUACUAGGGAUAAAAGGAAUUUGCCGUUCACACCCAUUUUGGCAUCGGUGAAUCGCCUUAUUCGUUAUCACCUUGGUACUGUGGCAAAAGGAUCAUUCAUUAUCACGUUAGUCAAAAUUCCACGAAUGAUCCUUAUGUACAUUCACAGUCAGCUCAAAGGAAAGGAGAACGCCUGUGCACGAUGUAUGCUGAAGUCUUGCAUUUGUUGCCUUUGGUGUCUUGAAAAGUGCCUAAAUUAUUUAAAUCAGAACGCAUACACAGCCACAGCUAUCAACAGCACCAACUUCUGCACCUCAGCAAAGGAUGCCUUUGUCAUUUUGGUGGAGAAUGCUUUGCGAGUGGCUGCCAUCAACACAGUGGGAGAUUUUAUGCUAUUUUUAGGCAAGGUGCUCAUAGUCUGCAGCACAGGUUUGGCCGGGAUCAUGCUGCUGAACUACCGGCAGGAUUACACGGUGUGGGUGCUGCCUCUGGUCAUCGUCUGCCUCUUUGCUUUCCUAGUCGCUCACUGCUUCCUGUCCAUUUACGAAAUGGUAGUGGAUGUGCUGUUCUUGUGUUUUGCCAUUGAUACAAAAUACAACGAUGGGAGCCCUGGCAGAGAAUUCUAUAUGGAUAAAGUGCUGAUGGAGUUUGUGGAAAACAGUAGGAAAGCAAUGAAAGAAGCUGGUAAGGGAGGUGCUGCCGACGCCCGAGAGCUAAAACCGAUGGCUUCGGGAGCGAGUUCCGCUUGA